UGGUGGCAGCACUGUCUUCGAGUUUUCGUGACAGAUGCAUCCUACAUACAUCCUACAUACACGUUCGAUAACGAAGUUGAGUUCUCUGAAUGCAAAUAAAUCCAUACGUGAUAUUGCUGUCUAAGAAAUAAUUAUGAGUUAUCACCGUGGUGGUGGUAAUAAACCCAAGGGUUUUGGCUUCCCUGGUUUUCAAAUGACAGGAACCAAACGAAGUGGUUCCAAUAUACCUCCUCCUCCACCAAAUUCAGUAUUAAGUAAACAGGGAUAUCACACUAUGAAUUCUAUUACUGAAAAUGCUUUAUCUGCUUGUUGGGGUAUGCCAAAGAAACGUAGCAAGACAGAAGAAGAAUAUUUUGAAGAUGAUGAUGAUCCUCCUACAUCCUCCUUGGAAUAUAUACCUGCACCUGGAUCACCAACGUAUGACUUAAUGAAAAAGUCAACACCGAAAGAAGACAGCGAUAGCGAAGAAGAUCCUUUAGAUGCUUUUAUGGCAGGUAUUGAUGCAGAAGUUAAAAAAAACAAUUAUGAAGCUCAGCUAGCAGAAGAAGAUCGUAAAGAAGACAAAUCUAAAGGAUUUAGAGCAGAUAUAGAUGGGGAGGAUGAUGAAGAGAGCUAUUAUAGGUACAUGGAAGAAAAUCCUACUGCUGGAUUACAACAAGAAGAGUCCGAUCAGGAGAUCGAAUAUGACGAAGAUGGAAAUCCUAUAGCACCUCCCAAGAAGAAAGAGAUUGAUCCAUUACCAGCAAUUGAUCAUAAUGAAAUAGAAUAUGAGUCUUUUGAAAAAAAUUUUUAUAAUGUACAUGAAGAAAUUGCAAAUUUAAGUAAGCAACAAAUUGAUGAUCUAAGAAAGACUUUGGGUAUAAAAGUAUCAGGACCUUCGCCACCGAACCCUGUCACUAGUUUUGGACAUUUUGGAUUUGACGAUGCUCUAAUAAAAGCCAUUCGAAAGAAUGAGUAUACACAACCCACACCAAUUCAAGCUCAAGCUGUCCCUGCUGCUUUAAGUGGGCGAGAUAUUAUAGGCAUUGCAAAAACUGGUAGUGGAAAAACAGCAGCCUUUAUAUGGCCAAUGUUAGUUCAUAUCAUGGACCAGCGAGAACUAAAAACCGGAGAUGGUCCUAUUGGUCUUAUUUUGGCACCAACUAGAGAAUUAUCUCAACAGAUUUAUCAAGAAGCAAAGAAGUUUGGUAAAGUGUAUAACAUACAAGUUUGCUGUUGUUACGGAGGCGGUAGUAAAUGGGAACAAAGUAAAGCUUUAGAAGCUGGUGCUGAAAUAGUUGUUGCCACUCCUGGUAGAAUGAUUGAUUUGGUUAAAAUAAAAGCAACAAAUUUAACAAGAGUCACAUUUUUAGUAUUAGAUGAAGCUGAUCGAAUGUUUGAUAUGGGAUUUGAGCCUCAAGUACGGUCGAUAUGUAAUCAUGUUAGACCAGACAGACAAACACUACUUUUCAGCGCCACAUUUAAGAAGAAAGUUGAGAAACUUGCUAGAGAUGUUUUAACAGAUCCAGUAAGGAUAGUUCAGGGAGAUGUUGGAGAAGCUAAUACAGAUGUGACACAACAUGUUAUAAUGUUUCAUAAUAAUCCUUCAGGGAAAUGGUCUUGGUUGUUACACAAUCUUGUAGAGUUUCUAAGUACUGGAAGUUUAUUAAUCUUUGUGACCAAAAAGUUGAAUGCAGAGGAGCUCGCCAAUAAUCUCAAGUUAAAAGAAUUUGAUGUUCUACUUUUGCAUGGUGAUAUGGACCAAAUAGAGAGAAAUAAAGUUAUCACAGCGUUUAAAAAAAAGGAUGUCAGCACCUUAGUAGCUACUGAUGUAGCUGCACGUGGUUUGGACAUUCCACAUAUAAAGACAGUGGUGAAUUAUGACGUAGCACGUGAUAUUGAUACGCAUACUCAUAGAAUAGGUAGAACAGGUCGAGCAGGAGAAAAGGGUACUGCAUAUACUCUUGUUACGGAAAAAGAUAAAGAAUUUGCUGGUCAUUUAGUAAGAAAUCUCGAAGGUGCAAAUCAGGAAGUUCCUAAAAGCUUAAUGGAUUUAGCCAUGCAAAGUGCUUGGUUUAGAAAGUCUAGAUUUAAAGGUGGAAAAGGUAAAAGUUUGAAUGUUGGUGGUGCUGGACUUGGUUUCAGAGAAAGACCUGAUACUUCAACGAAUACGACUAGCGGCACUUCGCAAGGAUCCAAAGAUAUAAGUGAAGUUGUUAAAAAAUUAGAAAGACACGGUCCAGGCAGUGAUCGUCUUUCUGCUAUGAAAGCUGCUUUUCGAAGCCAAUAUAAUUCACAAUUCCGAGCAUCGUCGGAUCAUACGUGGGAACAAACUAUUACACCACCUUCAGUUAUAAUGCCUCCACCACCUCCAGUGCCGCCAAAACCUAGUAUAGAUCGACCUAAGGACAACCAAACCUCAAAUUCUUCUGAAUCAGACAACAAAAUGGAACGAAAAAGACUACGAAAAAGUCGUUGGGAAUGAUAAAAAUAUAAUUAUGCAUCCAUUAUUUUGUGAUCGACUGUCAUAAUAUGAAAAAAUUGUUUUAUAUUACAAUAAAAUUUAAUUUUAUCGCGAAUACCUUACGAUAUAUAAACGCAUAUUUUAUUCAUUAUUCGUAAUUCAUUUCGUAUUUUGCGUUGUUGUAAAUCUAUUGUAUAUAAAUAAGUGUCGAUCGAUGAUAGCAUUAGUCCUAUAUUUGUUACUAUCAGCAAAACAUUUCUAAGAUAAUUAUAUUAGCACCGAAUAAAUGGAUAUUUGAAAUCUUUAAA